AAGGCAAUAAAAGUUUAUGGUGCCUAUUCUGUAUUCCGACGGAUUUCUAUUUCGUUCGAAAGUGAUAUUUCGAUCGUUUUCGAAUUUACCAUUCCCUAUUCCAAUCGUUUUGCUCGUUUCGAACGAAAGUGUUAGAAAAUUUCGAAUAUGCAUCGAUCUGUCAAAAACCGAUAAACAAAAAGAAACACCGUAUUAAAUAGCGGCGAGUGCGAGUUGAAUUUCAGUUAAUUUUUGAUCCUAAGAGAAAUUUGUGAGAAAAUUUUCUCGUUCAAUGGAUUCCGUUUUGUUACCGAUUUUGGCGGAGCAAGAAGAAAUUGGAAUGCCUUGCUACCAUCGGCGAAACCACCGAAAAUCAACCGACUUCAUGAAACUUUCUGAUGAAGCAUUCAUCAAAAGUUUUCGUCUAAGUAAGGAAGCUUUUCGGUACGUUUUAGAGGAAAUUGAGAACUGCCUUACCACAAGGAAAGGUGGUCUAUCCACGGAGGUGAAACUCGCAGCAUGUUUGCGAUUCUUUGCUGAAGGAAAUUAUCAACAUGGAGCAGGGCAAGAUUAUCACAUUGCCAUAGCACAGCCCACAUUUUCCAAGGUGCUGACUGAAAUGCUUAACAUUCUGGAGCGGACACUGUGUAAGAAAUGGAUUUCCCUAAAUAUGACGGAAGACGAACAGCGGCGUGCUAAACUACACUUCUAUCAGAAAACAUCAAUUCCGGGUGUUAUUAUGUGUUUGGAUGGAACCCACGUAAAAAUUAUUCCACCUAAGCUGAAUCGAAAUUUGUUUUUUAAUCGGAAGGGAUUUUAUAGUCUCAACGUUCUGAUUGUUUGUGACGAUCAGCAAAGGAUUCGUUUCGUUGAUCCUACCUUCCAGGGAUCUAAUCAUGACUCUCAUAUAUGGCGUGUAAGCCCUGCAAGAACUCACUUUGAGCAGCUUCACCAAAAUGGUGAAGUUAAUACUAAGAUUCUAGGUGAUGCUGGUUAUCCAUCGGAACCUUGGUUAGUAACGCCAUUCAGAGCAGCGGAGGAAGGGAGUUUGGAGAGCGAUUUUAAUCGCAGGCAUGCCUUGGGUCGUGCUAUCGUCGAGCGGACAAUCGGUUUACUAAAAAAUCGGUUUAGAUGCAUCCUUGGCGCGAGACAACUUCACUACAAUCCUACUAAAUGCGCUCAAAUUAUAAAUGUAUGCUGUGCACUUCACAAUAUAUGCUUAGAAUUUGGUCGUUCUCAGUAGUUAUAAUAUGUUAUGCAGCUGUUUACAUAAUAAACUUUUGUUUAAAUUAAUAUUUAUGACUGUUAAAUUUCAUCUAACUUGUUUGCAAAUGCUCAAAUAAAUAACAACCACCGGAAAAGGAAGUGUCUUCCUUACUUAACUAUGGUUUCGGCAGAAUUAUUUACUCUUAUUCCUGCCAACACUUUGAGAACAUGUCAUUAUCGAUUUCUCGUAAGCAGGCCAAGUAUUCAAAUAACCAUUAUUAAUACUUUUUGCGUUGUUUUAACCCCUUGCUGUACGAUUUAAUUUCCAACAGCACGGCCCAAAACGAGCACUUCGAGUCGUUCCGCUACUCUGCUGAGUGUGGGUAUCUAACAUGGGUGCCCUAUGAUGAGCAAAUACAUGUUGUGUUUAAAAUAAAAACGAAGGAGUUAUUACUACGUACUAACUCGUUCGUUUUUAUUUUAAUUAUAAUAUUCAAAUUAUAUUUUAUAUUUUUAGCUCAUUCAAUUUUUUUUUAAAUAACGGAAAUUUGAUAAUCUUCAGUUGUCGGUAUCCUCAUCAUAUGCCUGAAGCUAUGUAAUUAUUUCACAUCGAGAAACAACGAGUGAAGUUCAAUGUUGUACGUGAAGGGGUUAAGGAAGUUCCAUAAACUAUAGGCGAAAUUCGUGAAUUUUAAAAAAGUUUAUAUAAUUUU